AUGAAAGUCAUCACGUGCGAAAUAGCCUGGCACAACAAGGAGCCGGUGUAUAGCCUGGACUUCCAGCAUGGGACUGCAGGGAGGAUCCACAGACUGGCAUCUGCAGGGGUGGACACCGCCGUCAGGAUCUGGAAGGUGGAAAAAGGACCAGAUGGAAAAGCGAUUGUGGAAUUUUUGUCCAAUCUUGCUCGUCACACCAAAGCUGUCAAUGUUGUGCGUUUUUCUCCCGCUGGGGAAAUUUUAGCAUCAGGAGGAGAUGAUGCUGUCAUUUUAUUGUGGAAGGUGAAUGACAACAAGGAGCCCGAACAGAUUGCUUUUCAGGACGAGGAUGAGGCUCAGCUGAAUAAGGAGAAUUGGACUGUUGUGAAAACUCUCAGGGGCCACUUAGAAGAUGUGUAUGAUAUUUGCUGGGCAACUGAUGGGAAUUUAAUGGCUUCUGCCUCUGUGGAUAACACAGCCAUCAUAUGGGAUGUCAAUAAAGGACAAAAGAUUUCAAUUUUUAAUGAACAUAAAAGUUACGUACAAGGAGUAACCUGGGAUCCUUUGGGUCAAUAUGUUGCUACUCUGAGCUGUGACAGGGUACUGCGGGUGUACAGCACACAGAAGAAACGUGUGGCUUUUAAUGUUUCAAAGAUGCUGUCUGGAAUUGGGGCUGAAGGAGAGGCAAGAAGUUACCGCAUGUUCCAUGAUGACAGCAUGAAGUCAUUCUUUCGUAGACUCAGUUUUACUCCCGAUGGGUCUUUGCUCCUCACGCCAGCUGGAUGUGUGGAAUCUGGUGAAAAUGUAAUGAAUACAACUUAUGUUUUCUCCAGGAAAAAUCUUAAAAGGCCCAUUGCUCAUCUUCCAUGUCCUGGAAAAGCGACGCUUGCUGUUCGCUGCUGUCCAGUCUACUUUGAAUUGAGGCCAGUGGUGGAAACAGAGCCACGCCUGGAGCUGGUGAGUCUGCCCUACCGCCUGGUGUUUGCCGUGGCUUCAGAGGACUCUGUGCUUCUAUAUGACACACAGCAGCCUUUCCCUUUCGGUUACGUGUCUAAUAUACACUACCACACCUUGAGUGAUAUUUCAUGGUCCAACGAUGGGGCCUUCCUGGCCAUUUCAUCCACAGAUGGCUAUUGUUCAUUUGUGACAUUUGAGAAAGAUGAACUUGGAAUUCCUUUGAAAGAGAAGCCGGUUUUGAGCAUGAGAACUCCUGAGACAGCAAAGAAAACCAAGAGUCAGACGCACCAAGGGUCUUCGCCAGGACCUAGACCAGUAGAGGGAACCCCCACCAGCAGAAUCCAAGACCCCACCAGUCCCUGCACAACCCCCACUCAGGCCAGACAGUCUCCAGCCCCAGCAGCAAUCAAGGACACUCCCUCAAUCACUCCUGGUGUCAAAAACUCCUUGCCAGGGCCGACAGAGGAGAAGACCCUGCAACCCAGUAGUCAAAACACAAAAGCCCACCCAUCCCGCAGGGUCACUCUAAACACGUUGCAAGCCUGGAGCAAGACAACGCCCCGGAGAAUAAACUUAAUACCCUUAAAGACAGAUACUUCACCAAAUUCUGUACCACCCAGCAUAAUUCCCAACCCUUCCACAGAAGAAAUUCAGUCAGAGAUGUCUGGAGACCCUCAGGGCAGUCCUCCAGAGCUGAAACAGCCCAGACUUGGUGAAAACAAUGGAAGCGCCCAAAGUCUAGACCUUUGAUGGGACCUUGACGUCUGCUUGAAGGCUUGCCAGGUCUGGGAGCCCCCAUGCGCAGCGGGGAGCUGAGGCCGAAGACAGAUGCCCGAGGCCAGUGGCAUCCUACAGAGCAGAACAGACGUUGUAAAUUGAUUUCUGUAGCCGAAGAUACACAUGUACUAACUUUUCUCCAGAAAUAUGUAUACUCUUGUAUUCAGUAUCCAUCUUAACUUGGGGAUAUGAACAUUUUAAUAGACUAAAUCUUUUCGAUGAGUUUCUGAAACUGGCGCAGUUCAACCUUAUCUAGUGUGAAAAUCAGUAAAUCCUCCUUCGAACUACUCACGAAAGUACAGACACUUUAUGGGUGGACUCUGUUGAAAGUUAGGAUUAGAAAGAGGAAAAAGUAAUUUGAGAAGGUUUAUUCUGUUGAAUUUUAGAGUGUUUGAAGUGAUUGUUAGAUUUAGCUUUUAAUUAAUUGAUCAGUUAAACUGGAA